AUGAAGACCCUCGAGAAACGACAGGAUCCAAGUAUGGCACUGCUUUGUCUACGCACCACACCCAUUGACAAUAAACUUUCAUCGCCGUCAGAGUUGCUUUUCGGAAGAAAGCUGCAAGAUAACCUACCCCGCACYAUCAACAGGAGUGCCAACAGUGAUCAAAUAACCGACCGGCUAAGGGAGAAACAAGAAAUCCAAAGGUUCUACCACGAYCGUAAUGUCAGACCUCUACCCGAGCUAGCAAGAGGUACCAACAUCACCRUUCAGAAUCCCUCGACCAAGAAGUGGGAGCCUGCAGUCGUCAAGGAAAAGCUUGAAGCACCACGCUCAUACUUAGUGACGUCACAAACCGGAAGUGAGCUUCGACGCAACAGAUGUCACAUCAGAGAAGCACCCCCAGCGGCAGAGCAACCCACCAGUGAAUAUCAAGAACCAACAGAGACCAGAGGCAAUGCAGAACCUCUGGAAAACAACGGAAGCCACGCACCUGGGACCACAGUUACCCGAAGUGGAAGAAUCAUAAGACCGCCCAACAGAUACAAUGUUCCCCAGCUGGAGAAGAUGGUUCUCGAGGGACUUUUCUGGAGUGGCACACCUUUACUAGAAUCAGUAGGAGAGAAUGAACCCGAGGUGGUUCGACUAAGAGAAACAGUUCGUCAAGCCAUAAGGUCAUCUCUCAAACCUAUUCGAGCUUAUGCGAAACAAUAUGAGAAAUAUCUUGAUCUGUUUAACUUGGACGUGAAUGAAUAUCUACAACAAUACGACUCACAAGAACAUACAGCUGCAGAAGUGAAACAAGAGAUAGAACGUCAUUUAAAAGAUAAAGAGGUGCUAGAAAACACCUUGCCUUCCAGCAUAGUCAUUGGUUCAUACUGGGUCAUGACUGAAGGAAUCAAGAAAGAAUUGGCUAAGAAACGAAAGACACUUGCUAAUGCUGUUAUUGAACUCCUGGCCAAGAAACUGAGGAAACAAGCUGAUGAGGUCUGUGAAGAAUUCAAGUUUAUUGCACGUCGUCUUUACGACAAGCCAAACAGCAUUGAGGAAUUAGCAGAACAAAGAGAGUACAUGAAGACUAUCCCUGACCUGUUGAAAAAGAACCAAGAGCUGAUUGACAAGGCUAUGGUAGACUAUGAGCUGAUCGAGGAGUUCAACUACAGCAUCUCAGCUGAAGACUUCUCUGCUAAAUGGACGUGCAUCAGCUGGCCAUACAAGAUUCAACAACAAAUGGAAGCAACUGAGCAAACCCUCGAAGCAGACGAAGAACGCUUCCAGAAGAACCUUCUUGCUGAUCAGAAUAACUUCCAGGAUCGUCUUGAUUCCUUGAACAUGGCCGUGGCAGGAUUCGCCGCACACACAGAUAUCACUAAAGCACAUGAGAUAGGCAAUGAGGUACGACGUCUGGUCAAACAGAUGAAGGAAUGCCAGACGUUAGCACAUACGUAUAACAACAGAGAAAGACUCUUUAACCUGCCUGUUACUUCGUACGAGAAACUAAAUCGCUUGAUCAAAGAUUUUGAGCCGUUUAAGAACAUGUGGCUGACAGCUUCAGACUGGCAGAAAUGGCAUGACAGCUGGAUGAACGACCCACUAACGACCAUAGACCCCGAACAGCUUGAACAGAAUGUUAGCAACGCAUUCAAGACAAUCUUCAAGUGUUACAAACACUUUAAAGAGAUCCCAGCUUGUCAGGAGGUUGCAUAUGAAGUCAAGGAAAAGAUCGAAGCAUUCAAGCCUUAUAUACCAUUGAUACAAGGUCUGAGGAACCCAGGAAUGAGAAGUCGACAUUGGGAACAGCUUUCAAAAGACCUUGGAUUUCCUGUGGUGUGUAACGCCCAGCUGACCUUCACCAAAUGUCUAGACAUGGGCCUGCAGAACCAUAUUGAUGUCAUUGCUAAAAUAGCUGAAGUUGCUGGGAAGGAAUACUCCAUCGAACAGGCACUGGAUAAGAUGGAGGGUGAGUGGAAGCCAGUUGUACUGGAGAUUGUCCCAUAUAAAGACACAGGUACCUUCAUUAUGAAGGUUGGUGAAGAAUGCUCACAGCUGCUGGACGAUCACAUCGUCAUGACACAGAGCAUGUCCUUCUCUCCAUACAAGAAGCCUUUUGAAGAACGUAUAUCUACUUGGGAAAGCAAACUGGUUAUGACCCAG